AUGCCAAUAGUGCUGAGCAAGGAUGAAUGGGACCGCAUCGGCCGUUGGGCUGACCAUGGGAAGGAGGAUCCUGAAACUGUCCGUCGACGCGAGUACGUGCGUUAUUUGGACGCUAAAAGCAACGCUAUGACCAAAUCGUGGCCGAACUCGUUAGAGAAUGUGAAUAAACGUAACGAGGAGGCAAGACGAGCGCGUUUGGAGGCAGCCGAAGCGAAAAACACAAAUUUUUACAAACGCUACGUGAAAAACAAACAAGAGGAACAGGAACGACUCAUGUACAGCGCCAGGGAAACCAUCUUUAAAAACAAAGACGCGCCCAAGUUCCUUCUAGGCGCCGUAAUUGAAACUGUAGUGCAGAAAGAGCGAAUGGAGCAAAUGAAAUUUUUGGAAGAACUGCGGCGAAAGGAAGCCGAGCAGAAGCGGCAGGAUGAUGAUGACAUUAUACUCAGGGCCAAGGAGUGGCAUGCUCGUAACCAGGAAAAGAAAGCGAAACGCUUCGAAGUCAACAAACAGCAUCAAAAAGAGAUCUUAGAACAAGCUCAUGAAGUAUCUGAGCGGAACAGAACCGAAUACGAGACUGAAUUGAAUAUGCAAAAGUUAGAUAACAUCAAGGCAGAAGAAGAGAUGGACGCUAUCAAGAAGUUCGGUGAAGAUUUCAGAUCUCGACAAGAGAACGAACAUCGCCGCCGGGAACAGGAGGCGAGGGAUCAGCUGGACGACAAGCUCAUUGACAUACUGGUGAAGUCGCGUGCCAGAAUUGAAGCCAAGCGUAAAAAAACAGAGAAGGACGUAAAAGAUGAAAAGCUCAGAGUCUUGGAGCAGAUCAGCAGUAAGUUGGAGUCUGGCGACGCCGCUCGCGACGCGAAGGAACAAGCAAUCCUCGACAAGGCCAUCAAGGAGAAACAGGCUAUGUAAGAUAUGAGAUACAAUAAAGAAAUAGUGUAGGUACAAAAUGUCAAAUUACUUCAACUGAUUUUAGGCUUUAUUCUAUUGAUAAGUUCAAAUUUGAUUGCAUAAUUAUUCUAUUGUAGUGACCUAACGUUAUGUAUGACACUUGUAACAGGAAUUCAGAAGCGUUGUCGCCAGUUCAUUUUAGUAUAUUAUGUUGAUGUUGCGGAAGGCAAAAUUUCGUAGCGCCAAUCAGAAUGAUUCAAGUAUCACGCCAGCGGGCGAUCCAUCAAUAUCCACGCACUUGACCCGCUGAGUUCAUACUCAGCUUGAGACACUUGAUGCAUUGUAUUUUAUAUUUCACGGCAAUUGAAACAAUACUCAUCGUUGGAAUUGGUAGAUGUUUUGUUCAAACGAAGAUUCACAGUGUGCCCAAUCCGUAAUAAGAGACCGAGCGCACUACUACUUACUGCGCCGUCAAGCUCCUCAAUGAGCGUAUUUUAUCCUAGGUUCAAAAAUGCAGAACUCUAUGAAGAUUUCCAAGAUAACUUACGCAAAGAGAAGGCUCGUAAGAUCAAGGAGUACAGAGAGGAUAUCUUAAAAUUAUGGCGAGAGAGGGAUGAGCGCGAAGCUCGCGAGAGAGCCGAGACUCGAUACUUCUAUGGAGAGUUGGCAGAGAGUAGACUGCGACACGCUGACAACAAGCUGCUUACAUACGCUAACGCACUUGUAGAGGAAGCCCGCGCACACGGACGACCCGAACGCCCCAUACUGCGGGCCGUAGACCGUUACUGUAAGAUGUAUCGUCUAUACCCGAUGCCGGAACUACCGAAGUCGCAACAGGAGCAUUUCGGACGCUACGCCCCCACAGACACAUCGCGGCCCCACCCCUCUUACCGGGAGCCACCUCCGCCCCCGCCCCCUCACUCCGUCUACGAUGACGAUGAAACUGAUGCUGUCACAACCGACGCCCACAAGAGAGAUGGUCUACAAGAUCCCAACCAGGUGAAACUUCCAGCUGCACCAAAAGAUGCUGCUCCAAAUGAUUCUGUUCCUAAUGUAGACUACCAGAGGGCAAGUCGUGCCAAUGGACUGCAGCGCCGACCGGAUAACGUAUUAAAACCUUUUUCAUUAUUUUAA